AUGAGCGCGCCGCAUCGUCGCUUUUCAGGCGUUCUCGUGGUGCCGGGAAGCCACCGGAGGCGUCGAGGUUGGCCUGAGCAUGGAGUGGAGAUCGGGGAACUCCCCGUGCGUCACUCGUCCGACGCUGAGGCGUCACUUGCUGACUCCGCUGCUGAAAUGGAGGGUGCAUCUUCUGCAGAUUCUUCCCCGCGUGGUCCGACUGAUCACUGCGGCCUGUCCCACGAGGGGCGAGACUCCCAUCGGCGUCCCACUGGCUUGUUUGUGUCGGUUCCUCUCCUUGCUGCCCCGCCUACGGAUCCUGAGUCGAAGGCUGCGAGCGACUGCGCUCCGGGAGCGGCGAAGACGCCCUCGACGGGUCGGGGUUCAGCUGCGCGCUCGCCAAGGGAUGCAGGCUCUCGAGGCCAGCGACCGGGGGACACUCGUCGUUUGCGAUUUGCGCAGAGCAGCCAGAGCGACGGUUGUUCAUCCAGAGAUUCGUCUCAGCAACUCGGCAGUUCCCAUCCGGGUGGGAGCUCGACACAGUUGUCUCAGAACUUGGCAAGUGCGCAGGAUCCGGCGGGCGCAGACGCUCCGCUGUCCCCCAACCCGAGUCUGCUCGGGGAAGCCUCUCGACUCGGGGCGGUCGCUGCGGAUUGCCGAACUUUGAAGCGUGCGGCCAGCGGCACAUCUCUGCCCAACUCCGAGGGCGGAUCCGCUCUUGGCCAGAGUUCGUCGCAGCUGGACCUGCAGGAGGGACCCAACGGUCAGUUUCCUGACAGGGCGUUGCGCGUCGACGAUGAUGCAGAGCUUCGAGGCGCGGAGACGGCGGCAUCUGUUCCGAUGGUGGACGGACUGGGCGGGGAGGCCGAGAACGACACGACGCCGCCGUUCGUUCCUGCGAGCAGCAUGUUGGACCACUUUGAUGGCUUCUCAGAGCCGCGUGGAGGCCUGCACGAAGAGUCGGAAGGGUCUGCAUUUUCCCUCGAGGGCGAAGGCGAGGUUGGCCACACCCUCGACGGGGAAGGGAGCGAAACGAUUAGCCGAAUUCAGCAACUCGACUCGAUUCAGUGCGUGAAGCGACCGCUCGGCGCGUUCGAAGAGACGCUCACGUACAUGAAGUUCCGGGAAUUCGUCCGCAGGCACCAUGGGGUCUUUGGAACAACCUCUGUGGGCUCAUGCAUUUGGUGGAUCCUCGGAUGUCAGUUUCUUGUUAUCACCGUCGCCCUCAUGACAUGCCACGCGGACCCGGCUUCGAACAGCUAUCGGCGCAGUUUCAUCGACGUGUCCACGACUGUAGGCCGCGUUUGCAUCUACUUCUUCAGCUCGCUCAUCUUGACGCUCAUCCUGGCGCUGAAGUUCGGAGGGCCUCUCAUGCUCAUGUGGUCUGUGCGGCUUUCCAAACUCGCCUGCGCCACGCUGCUGAUCUUGGCGCCGGCCAUCCAAAUCCGAGAGUCGUCGCGAGGCGACCUCAUCUGUGCGACGGUCCUCUACAUCGAGCCGCUCCAGCUGAACGGGAUGGUGUUAUUCAAUGGUAUUUUCACGCAGCUGCAGCUCUUCAUGUUCGUCUGCAGUACGAUCAACUGCCUGUUCUGGGCCCGACUGCACGCGUACUGGUUCCAGUGCCACUCCGUCAAGCUCUGGCAGAUUGUCAAGAAAGAGAAAAUACAGCUGCAGAUCCCCCAGCCCAUCGAGAAGGCUCUCCACUCCGCCCGGCCGGCUUCCCAUAGAGAUCUGGCCGAUGGCCGAGUGAUCAACGCUGACGGCGAGUACAUCGAGGUCCAUGGCUUUUCCUUCACGCACUGGUUGCGGCGACUCUUGGUCUCGAUGAUGCCUGGCAGCAUCCUCCCUGCGAACCUCAAGCCUUCUGUCUCCGUCGUUUUUUACGUUGGCCAAGUUGACGAGCGGGGGCUCCCCCACGGGUUCGGUCGGUGGCGGUCUGAGGCGUACCACGGAGAAUCCAUCGUCGGCUACUGGGACCACGGAAUUCCCGUCGGUCCCUUCAAAAGCCGCGAGUUCGGCACGGGGUCGGGCUUCAUGUGCAUUCGCAUCGCGUGGUGCAAAGUUGCCAAGGGGCCUCUCCGACCGGAAAUGCAACUCGGCAUCGGAGACGCCGAGUGCUGCGUGAGCGGGGCGUUCUUCCGGACGUUUCCCCGGGUUACGCUGUAUCCCCUGAGAGCGAAGCACGGACACGAGAUUCCGAGCAGUUGGUCGCGUCAUGGGCUCGACGAAGCGAUUGCGAAGGAAACGAAAGGGGCCACCGUCGGCAGGCUCUCUCACUUCAGCUACAUGCCCGAAGGGAAUGCGAUCGAUGAAUCGAGGCUUGACCGCCGCACUGGGUCGGUGGAGAGUUCGUCGAACGUCAACCUCGCCUCGCGAACUUACGGAGAUCUAGGCGCCAGAGGCAGUGACGACUUUAUGGGCGACAUCGGCGGCCGCCUGCAGCGAAUGAGAGGCUCGGUCAUCCAGCGAGCCCAUAUGUUCUUCAAACGGAGAUCCGAGCGCUGCGACGGCGAAUCGCGAGCGGCCUUCUUCAAGGAGUGCCAGCGCCUUUGCCUCAGCAGGAUGGUGCCGCAUCUUCCCAACUUCGGUCUCCUUUUCACGACAGAGCUCCACAUCACAGUCGACCCUGAGCGCGGUCUCUACAUUGCCGGCUGGGUGCCCGAGUCAGCAGUGCUGCCUGUCGGGUACGCGAGCGGUCUGCAGUCGAGAGUUCCGCUUCGGCAUACAGACUCUGAUCCGGAGCAUUCCCAAAAUCAAGGGCGAGAAGACGAAGACCUCCUCGCGGAAAUCCGAGAGCAGCGCGACAAACAGAAAGCCAGGCAAAUGUCGGAGUCUCAGCUUCGAGCCCGGGGCUUGCACCAGCGGUUCGGCCUUGCGUUGCAUGGCCCGGAGAUGAUAAUGCGGAAGGUUGGAAAAGGCGCGCUGCGCAACACCGUUGUCGGGGGCGUUUUUUAUGAGAGACCGCGAAUUCGGCGUCAGACUUACGAUGGAGAAUCGAAGAGUCUGGUUGUGCGAAUUCUGGACAAAAGAAAACGAGGCUCACGAGGGAUAGCGGGGGGUUUCCCCAGCGGUAAACUAAGGAGCGCGGGGUCCGCAGUCACGAAAACUCUGAAGCACGCGGUUUCGUGCUCCCCGAAUGACCCUCUGGCUCCAGAUGACGACCCCAUGAAGGGCUUUAGCUGGAUCACCAGUGCUCCGGAGCUUCACAUUGACGGGUGGAGGCGAGCAGAGGUCGCAGGCAUUCCAGAAGCCCUGAUCUUCAUUCACGGAUACAACACGAACCACGUGCAGUCGCUGCAGAUCAUGGCGCAGAUGCUUUCGUUUGGCAAUUUCCCGAGCUACAUCAAACCCUUUCUCUUCACGUGGCCAGCAGGGCGCAAUUUCACGGAAUUUUUUGAAGCCCGUGACAACGCAAACAACCCCAAAAUUCAGGAGUGCUUCCACGAAUUCAUUGUUUCCUUGCGAGAUAACGGUAUCCGGCAGAUUCACAUCAUGGCGCACAGUCUAGGAUCUCGGCUCUUAAUGAACAGUCUUCGCGGCAUGGCGGAAUUUACCUUCAGCAAAUCCCUGGACACGGAAAAUGAUGACAAACUCCCGGCGAAGUAUCAAGAUCGCAUGCAACUGGUUUCUCUUAUCUUCCUGAACCCGGAAUUCUUUCUGGAUGAUUUCGUUUUGCAGGAGUACUCGUUUCUGCGGCAGUACUGCAGCAACAUUUCGCUAUUCUGCGAUGCUCAUGACGGGGCACUCUGGUGGUCAGAGCUCUUCAGCGGAAGGCAGGCGCUGGGGCGUAGCGUCUUCGGCCUUUACACGAGGCCUAGAGAGGACGAACCAGUGAGCGAGGAGACGCCAAAGCUUCCGCCCGUAUUCGCAGAAACGAUGGCCUGCUUCCAAGGCUAUGAACCGGAUUAUCUCAAAUCCGAUACCAGAGAAUGGCUCGAUCUGGAUGUCAUUGAUAUGACGUGGCUCGGGCAUAAUGUCCACUCAAUGAGGCAUUCAUAUUGGCCCCUGAACCGCGAAAUUAUCGAAGACAUUCGGGAGCUUGUAGUCACAAGGAAGAGAGCGCGUCAGCGAACUUCGCGGCUGGAUCGACGCGAAGGAAAUGUGUGGGUGUACCGGGUGGCGCCGUCUUCGUUAACCUCUAUUUUUGACAGCGAUCUUUGA